AUGCAGUCAAUGAAGGAAAACGCGGCCAACGUUGCAGCCUCUGCUAAGGCUGGCAUCGACAAGACCAAAGCAGUGAAGAAGAUGUCAGCACAUGAUCCAAUGCAAAUGGAAAUGGCAACACAAAAGAAGAAACAGAGGAAGGCGGAAGCAGAAUUGAGCAAACAGGAGGCGCAUGAGCAUAACGUAGCAGCGAAGCAGGCAGCCAAGGCUGGUGGCAAUGUAAAUAACACAACAGUCCUUAUGGCACUGAACCUCUUGCCCAUCCCCACUUUGCUGCGACUGGGACACCUAUUUGAGCAAUAUUGA